AAAAAAAAAAAUAAAGAAAGAAAAGAAAAAAAGAGACAGAAGAAAAGAAAAAGAAAAGAAAACAAACUGAAAACGGAACUAAAAUAAACAAGUGUCAAAAUGUCAUAACCACCACCACCACCACCACCACCACCCACCACCACCAUGACUUCACUUCCCAAUGUCACUGCAACCACAACGGAGAGUCUAAGUGUGGCUGAACAUCUGUCACAAGAGUCCCAUAUGCUUGACGUGACUGUUUGGCUCAUGAUAUUCUGCAUCUUCACUUUCUUCUUCAUCAUCAUCGUUGCUUCAAUCUGCAUGCACUGGAUGGAGGUGCGAAGCUACCACAGAUCAGGGGGAAUGGUGGUGAUUCCUCAGGGCCCCGUGCCAGCCUGCGUCACCCUCCUCUCCUCCAGCCAGCCCCACGUCAGGCUCCUCGAGCACUACCACCCACACCCCUUCUACGGCGCCCACGUCAGAUGUUUCGAUGCGCGUGGGAACAUGAAAAGAGAACAUCAAAUCAAAUCUAGUUCGCAGCCAGUCCUCCCCGUCUCUCUCUAAAAAGGCCACUGACAUCCCAGCCAGGAAAGAAUGAUGUCACAAGGAGGGCGUCACGUGACAAAGAGGCCGUGACGUCACCUCUUGCCCCGUCAGUGUUGCCAUAUCAGUACUUAACGCCUACCCAGUAUUGCCAAAUAUAUGCAACAUGACACUUAAAGAAUAUAGUUACUUCAAUAUUUGUUACGUAGUUUGUUAUAUUUACAACUGGAUGUGUUAUUGUGUGUUAUUGAAGAGUUGAACUAAAAUAAUGUGCUUCGGAAUAUUGUUGCGAAAAAUAUGUAAGAUUUGUAAUAUAUUAGGUGAAAUUAAAGGAGGAUGAAAAAUAAGAGAAAAAUAACAACAACAAUAAUAACAAUAACAAGGAAAUGUAAGAAAAAAUUCGCUUAUUAAUCUCAUGUAAGGUUUGUAAUAAAUUAGGUGAAAGUAAAGGAAGAGGAUGAAAAAAAAAAAAGAGGAAAACGAGUAACAACAACAACAACAACAACAACAACAACAAAACGAAAAAGUAAGCAAAAAUUCCCUUAUCAAUCUCAACCAACACCACCACCAUCACCACCACCACCACCACCACCACCGCCAAGAAAAAAAAAAAAAAAAAAAUUCAUCUACUCGUACACUGAAAAACUGGUGAAGAGGAGACAGCAAUUCCAGGAAGCUUGUGAGUGUUGUUCCUGUGAGCCAGUGUUGCUGUACCCAGUGUUGCCUCAGCGCGGUGUGUUACUUAUCAGGUUGUAUUGAAUAUAUCUUAUUAUCUUAUUUAUUUCAGUAUUUCGUUUGUUUAUUAUUUUCCGAGACGUGAGGGAAUUCAUAUGUUGAAUUGAAGUAAAGUAGAAAAUGAAGGAAACAGCA